AUGGCAAAAAAAGCAUUUGAAAGAAAUAAAGAACACGUUAAUAUAGGGACUAUAGGACAUGUUGAUCAUGGUAAAACUACUUUAACAGCUGCUAUAGCUACAUAUUUAAAUAAAAAAGGAUUAGCUGAAGCUAAAGAUUAUGAUUCAAUAGACAACGCUCCUGAAGAAAAAGAACGUGGAAUUACAAUAAACACUUCACAUAUAGAAUACGAAACCGAAAAUCGUCAUUAUGCUCACAUUGAUUGCCCGGGGCACGCUGACUAUAUUAAGAAUAUGAUUACUGGAGCCGCUCAAAUGGAUGGUGCUAUUCUAGUGGUAGCCGCUACAGAUGGGCCAAUGCCGCAAACAAAAGAACACAUUUUGUUAGCACGUCAAGUAGGUGUUGCUAACAUUGUUGUUUAUAUAAAUAAAGUUGAUAUGCUUGAAGGUGAAGAAGAAAUGAUUGACUUUGUUGAAGAAGAAAUUAGAGGAUUGUUGGAUAAAUAUAAUUACGAUGGAAAUGCUACUAAGUUUAUUCGCGGGUCUGCUUUAAAAGCAUUGCAAGGUGAUCCUAAACACGAACAAUCAAUCGCUGAUUUAAUGGCUGCAGUUGAUAGUGAAAUCCCUACCCCUGUACAUAAUUUUGAUCUUCCAUUCUUAAUGGCUGUUGAAGAUGUUUUCUCUAUACCAGGACGUGGGACAGUUGCAACUGGUAGAGUUGAAAGAGGAAAAAUCAAAAUAAAUGAUAAAGUUGAAAUUGUUGGUUUGAGAGAAAAAGCUGAAUCAGUGGUUAUUGGUAUAGAAAUGUUCCAAAAAACUUUGAACGAAGGGCAAGCUGGAGACAAUUUAGGUAUAUUACUUCGUGGGAUCGAUAAAAAUGCUAUCGAAAGAGGUCAAGUAAUUGCUGCUCCUCCUAAUUCAAUUCAAGUUAAAUCUAAAUUUAAGUCACAAGUAUAUGUUUUAAAUAAAGAAGAAGGUGGACGUCAUACUCCAUUUUUCAAAAAUUACAAACCUCAAUUUUAUUUUAGAACUACUGAUGUAACUGGUUCAAUUGAAUUACCUAGUGGUGUUGAAAUGGUUAUGCCAGGUGAUAAUGUUGAAUUAGUGGUUGAAUUAAUUUCACCAAUUGCCAUCGAAAAAGAAACAAAGUUUUCAAUUCGUGAAGGUGGUAAAACUGUAGGUCACGGAACUGUUACUGAUAUUUUAGAUUAG